UAUUAGAAAGAAGAAGGAGAUAUAGAAAUGUCUGGUGAGGGAAGAGGCAGUGCCAUUGUUGUGUUGUUGUGUUUGAUGUUGUUCAUGAUCAUGAGCUCGGAGGUGGUUCAAGCAGCCACUUACAAAGUUGGUGAUGCCAAAGGUUGGACCUUUAAUGUCGAGAGCUGGUCCCGUGGGAAGCGAUUUCGGGUUGGAGACAUUCUUGGUAAGAAAGUUGCUUGUUUUAUUGUGUUCAAUUACAACCCUAGAUUACACAAUUUGGUGAUUGUGAACAGUGUUGGAUACAAGAAUUGUAAUACACCUCCUGGUUCAAGAACUUUUACUUCUGGGAAUGAUCGGAUCAAGCUUGUCAAGGGACCGAAUAACUUCAUCUGCUCUUUUCCUCGUCAUUGUCAAUCCGCCAUGAAAAUUACUGUCAUCGCCACUUGAUUUUCAAGCUUAUCAAGAAUAAGUAACAAGCUGUUG